GCUAUUUUUUUCCUCAUGCUGCUGCAUUGUUUCUUGCAGCUGAUCCCACUCUUCUUCUUCAUUGGCGGAGGUACAGUCAUGUCCUUGAUGUACCUGGCUCGCCUGGGACUGAGGAACCCAGAUGUCUGUUGGGAUCGCAAGAACAACCCCGAGCCGUGGAACAAGAUGGCCCCGACUGAUCAGUACAAGUUCUACGCAGUCAACAUCGACUACAGCAAACUGAAGAAACAAGGGCCCGACUUCUAAAGCGUCUCUCAUCUGCCGGACCAAACGCACAAGCACACUCUUGGACGCGUCGGGGUGCCAGCGGCGAAACCCGCACAAUGUUUCAUAUUUAAGCUUCCUCAUCGCAUACCCCUUUUUUUGUUGAAAACACCGCUCGUCUUCAGUUUUGGCUGUGAGUCAAUAAAGUGAAAGGAGACUUUUCUCCUCCUGACAAGAGAAAA